AUGGGCUGUGUUUCAUCUAAAAAGAAGUUAUCCAAAUCGGACUUGGAAUUUCUCGAAGAAAAUACUGAAUUUACUAAAGAUCAAAUUAUUGAAUGGUAUGAAGGUUUUAUUCUUGAUUGUCCCAAUGGUGAAUUGACAAAGAAAAAAUUUAUUCAAGUCUAUCGUCAAUUUUUUCCUAAUGGACAAGCGGAAGCAUUUUGCACACAUAUAUUUCGCACGUUCGAUGCUGAUAAUUCAGGCAAAAUCGAUUUUAAAGAAUUUCUAAUGGCAAUUAAUAUAACAGCGAAAGGCAAUCCUGAAAAGAAAUUAAAAUGGGCUUUCAAAAUGUAUGAUAUUGACUCAAAUGGAAGUAUUGAUCGACAAGAAAUGCUAAAAAUUAUUGAAUCUAUCUAUGAUUUACUCGGCGCUGGUGGUUCACAAAAUGCAUCGAAUGGGAUGAAUCCAAGUCGUGAUCCCGAUGAUACACCCGAAACUCGAACAUCUCAAAUAUUUGCUGUUAUGGAUGAAGAUAAAAAUGGAGUUAUUACAGAAGAAGAAUUCAUUCGCGGCUGCAUGUCUGAUCGAGUUCUAUAUCAAAUGUUAACUGCCGAUACAGGCGAUCCGGACCGAUAA